GAGUUUGAAGCGCCGAGAGGCGGACAUUGAAGGGAAGUGGUCGCAAUCUCUCCUGGGCCUGAGAGAAAUAUUCAGGUAUUUAUAUAAACAAGAAUCAAGAUAGUCAACAAUGUCUGUCACUGAGGAAGACCUCUGUCACCACAUGAAAGUAGUUGUUCGUGUACGUCCUGAAAACACAAAAGAAAAAGCAGCUGGAUUUCAUAAAGUGGUCCAUGUUGUGGAUAAACAUAUCCUAAUUUUUGAUCCCAAACAAGAAGAAGUCAGUUUUCUCCAUGGAAAGAAAACUAAAAAUAGAGAUAUUUUAAAGAGACAAAAUAAAGAUCUUAAAUUUGUAUUUGAUGCUGUUUUUGAUGAAACUUCAACUCAAUUGGAAGUUUUUGAACACACUACUAAGCCAAUUCUUCGUAGUUUUUUGAAUGGAUAUAAUUGCACAGUACUUGCCUAUGGUGCCACUGGAGCUGGGAAGACCCACACGAUGCUAGGAUCAGCUGCUGAACCUGGGGUGAUGUAUCUAACAAUGCUAGACCUUUACAAAUCCAUGGAUGAGAUUAAAGAAGAGAAAGUAUGUAGUACUGCAGUUUCUUAUCUAGAGGUAUAUAACGAACAGAUUCGUGACCUCUUAGUAAAUUCAGGGCCACUUGCUGUCCGGGAAGAUGCCCAAAAAGGGGUGGUCAUUCAGGGGCUGACUUUACACCAGCCCAGAUCCUCAGAGGAAAUUUUACAGUUAUUGGAUAAUGGAAACAAAAACAGGACACAACAUCCCACUGAUAUGAAUGCUACGUCUUCUCGUUCUCAUGCUGUCUUCCAGAUUUACUUGCGACAACAAGACAAGACAGCUAGUAUCAAUCAAAAUGUCCGUAUUGCCAAGAUGUUGCUCGUUGACCUGGCAGGUUCUGAGCGUGCCAGUGCUACCAGUGCUAAAGGGGCCCGGUUUGUAGAAGGCACAAAUAUUAACAGAUCACUUUUAGCUCUUGGGAAUGUCAUCAAUGCCUUAGCAGAUACAAAGAGAAAGAAUCAGCAUAUUCCUUACAGAAAUAGUAAGCUUACUCGCUUGUUAAAGGACUCUCUUGGAGGAAACUGUCAAACUAUAAUGAUAGCUGCUGUUAGUCCUUCCUCUGUAUUCUACGAUGACACAUAUAACACUCUUAAGUAUGCUAACCGUGCAAAGGACAUUAAAUCUUCUUUGAAAAGCAAUGUUCUUAACCUCGACAAUCAUAUAACUCAAUAUGUAAAGAUCUGUAAUGAGCAGAAGGCAGAGAUUUUAAUGUUAAAAGAAAAGCUAAAAGCCUAUGAGGAACAAAAAGCUGUUACUGAUGAAAAUGACAAAGCAAAGUUAAUGAUUUCAAACCCUCAGGGAAAAGAAAUCGAAAGAUUUCAAGACAUUCUGAACUGCUUGUUCAAGAAUCGAGAAGAAAUCAGACAAGAAUAUCUGAAGUUGGAAAUGUUACUUAAAGAAAAUGAACUUAAGUCAUUCUAUCAACAACAGUGCCAUAAGCAAAUAGAAAUGAUGUGUUCUGAAGACAAAAUAGAAAAGGCCACUUGCAAACGAGAUCAUAGACUUGCAAUGUUGCAAACUCGUCGCUGCUACCUGGAGAAAAAGAGGGAAGAGGAAUCGAAGCAGUUUGAUGAGAAUACUAACUGGCUCCAUCGUGUCGAAAGUGAAAUGGGACUCUUAGGUCAAAAUGGUCAUAUUCCACAGGAACUCAAUAAAGAUCUUUAUUGUCAUCAUUUGCACCUGCAGAACAAAGACUUGAAAACACAAAUUAAACAUAUGAUGGAUUUAGCCUGUCUUCAAGAACAGCAACACAGGCAAACUGAGGCAGUAUUGAAUGCUUUACUUCCUGCCCUAAGAAAACAGUAUUGCACAUUAAAAGAAGCUGGCCUAUCAAAUGCUGCUUUUGAGUCUGACUUCAAAGAAAUUGAACAUUUGGUAGAGAGGAAAAAGGCGGUGUUAUGGGCCGACCAAACUUCUGAACAUCCAAAGCAAAAUGAUCUACCAGGGAUUUCUGCUCUUAUGACCUUUCCACAACUUGGAACAGUUCAGUCUAAUUUGUGUUGUACAUCUUCAAGUGAAUCUAACCUGCUUAAAAUUACUCCACCAAAAAGAACUCGGAGAAAACUAAUGCCUUCUCCCAUGAAAGCAAAACAUACUCAAAAGUCUACACUGUCUGAAAGUAUGCAGCUCAAUGAUUCUCUCAGCAAAGAACUUCAGCCUAUUGUGUAUACUCCAGAAGACUGUAGGAAAACUUUUCAAAAUCAAUCUACAGUGACCCUAAUAAAACCAUCAUCACAUACUGCAAGUUUUCAGGCCAUCAGCUCAAAUAUAAACAGUGAUAAUUCUCCGAAAAUGUUGUGUGAAGUAGAUACCCCUCUUAACAGGAGAACAGAAUGUAAACAGAAAGAUUUGGACUCUACAUUUACUAUAUGCGAAGACACCAGGAGCUUGAAGAGUAAAUUAUCUGAACAAGAAUUACUACCAAACAACAACAAAAGCAUUUUACAACGGCUUGACCCUUCUUCAUUAUCCACUAAGCAUUCUGUGCCUAUACCAAGCAUAGUGCCCUCCUACAUGGCAAUGACUACUGCUGCCAAAAGGAAACGGAAAUUAACAAGUUCUGCAUCAGCUACUUCAUUAACUGCUGAGGUAAAUUCCGGAUUUGCCAAACGUGUUAGACAAGAUAAUUCAAGUGAUAAGCACUUACAAGAAAACAGACCAACAAUGGAAUAUAAAAGAAACAUCCUUAGCAUAAAUCCAAGCAUGGUAAGAAAAUUUGGAAGAAGCAUUUCAAAAGGAAAUCUCAGAUAAGUCACUUCAAAAUCAAGGGAGAUCAAAUUGAUCAACUCUGCUUUUAAAAGUUUUUGUCAGAAAUAUAUUUAAAAUCUUUAAAAGAAA